GUAGGUUAAUAAAACACGGGUUUUUUUAAUUUCUUAUCUUUGAUUAUUUAUUUAACAAAAAAUUUAAAUUCCACCAGUAUUAUGAGCGCAGCCAAAAAGUUAAAAUCUUUGGUUCUUGUAACCCUGGGCGGAUAUUCUACAUAUGCAGGCAUAAGUUUUUGGCGCAAUGAUGAAAAAUUUUACAGAAGUUUUAUCAUGCCUGUUAUACAUUUUCUACCAGCAGAAGGGGCCCAUAACUUAGCCGUUAUGUGUAGUAAAUACAGAAUUUUUCCCACAAGCUUGUAUAAGGACCCAGAAUCAUUGAGUGUAAGACUGUUUAACAAAACAUUUUCUAAUCCCAUUGGCAUAGCUGCAGGUUUCGAUAAAAAUGGUGAAGCUGUUUUGGGUUUGAAAGAUUUGGGAUUUGGAUUUGUUGAAAUUGGAUCAGUGACUCCAGUACCUCAACCUGGCAAUGAAAAACCUAGAGUAUUUAGAUUAUUGGAAGAUAAAGCUGUUAUUAAUAGGUAUGGAUUUAACAAUGAUGGGCAUGAUGCAGUUUAUGAAAGGAUAAAAAACAUUAAAAGUUCAGGUUUUGAUGGAAUUUUAGGGGUAAAUUUGGGAAAAAAUAAAACUUCCACGGAUGCAAUUAAUGAUUAUGUGCAAGGUAUAAAGAAAUUUGGCCCUGUUGCUGAUUAUUUAGUCAUAAAUGUUAGCAGUCCCAACACUCCAGGCUUGAGGUCACUUCAAAGCAAAGAAUCUCUAAGAGAAUUAUUUUGUGCACUGGUCGAAACAAGAAACAGUUUGGAAGAAAAACCGCCUCUUCUGCUAAAACUGGCGCCCGAUCUGAGUUUCCAGGAGAGAAAGGAUGUGGCCGAAGUUAUACAAAAACCGGAAUGCAAAGUUGACGGCCUUAUUAUUUCCAAUACGACAAUUGAAAGACCAAGUUCGCUGAUAAAUGUAUCGGACAAAAACGAAACCGGCGGAUUAAGUGGGGAACCUUUGAAGCAGGUUUCCACUGAAAUGAUCAGAGACAUGGCCAGGUUAACGCACAGAAGUGUACCCAUAAUUGGAGUUGGAGGAAUUUCCACUGGACAAGACGCUUACGAAAAAAUUAAAGCUGGCGCCUCAGUUGUUCAAAUUUAUACAUCGCUGGUUUACGAAGGCCCUCCUAUUGUCGAUAAAAUUAAAAAGGAGUUGGUUUCACUUUUGAAGAAAGAUGGCUUUAAAAGUAUAAAUGAAGCUGUGGGAACGAAUGUUUUUAAAUAAAGUCAAAGACCUUAAUUUCUAAAAAUC